UUCACUAUAAAACGGUGAUUCAACGCUAUUCCUUGUACACAAAUUUCCCAUUUUCUUCCCCUGCAAUUUCCAAUUUCAAUUUCCGAUCUCUAGCUCUACCUAAGAAACUAGAGUUUCAGCCAUGGACGCCGGCGGAAAGAUCAAGAAGGGUGCUGCAGGAAGAAAGGGAGGUGGUCCCAAGAAGAAGCCCGUUUCCCGGUCUGUGAAAGCCGGUCUUCAAUUCCCAGUCGGGAGAAUUGGCCGGUACUUGAAGAAAGGGAGAUACUCUCAGCGUGUUGGAACCGGAGCUCCGGUCUACUUGGCAGCCGUUCUUGAGUACCUAGCUGCUGAGGUUCUGGAGUUGGCUGGAAAUGCAGCUCGCGAUAACAAGAAGAAUCGAAUUAUCCCAAGGCAUGUUUUGCUGGCUGUCAGGAACGAUGAGGAGCUCGGCAAAUUGUUGGCUGGUGUUACCAUUGCUCAUGGUGGUGUCCUACCUAACAUCAACCCAAUUCUUUUGCCCAAGAAGACUGAGAAGGCUACCAAAGAGCCAAAGUCUCCAUCCAAAGCCACCAAGUCCCCUAAGAAGGCUUAAUCGUUCCCAACCGUUUCCAGUUUAGCUUGGCCCAUCUUUCUUUCUCUUUAUCUUUUGUAUGUAUUUCCGUAGGAUCUAGUUUUUGCUUGUGUAGAACAAACUUGGAAAAAACGAUUUGAUGAAUUUGUAACCUCGUAGACGUCUCUGUUCAUUGUGUGGAGACUUAUUUAAUGAAGGGAAUUUCUUUUGCGAA